AUGAAUCCUCAUUUCGCAAAUUUGGCGAUAAAAAUCCUGAAAAAUUUUGUUUUGUCGUGGCAGCCAUCAUUUUUGGCUGAAACACCCGAUCACGUAAUAACAACCCCUUUAAGUUAUGAACCAAAAAAUAAUAAAUUGAUCAGAGCACCCCUGCAUAUCAAAUUUCAAAAAAAAAAUUUCCCUGGGAAUAGCGUCAAACAUUUAACGGGUAAAGCAAGCACAAAUGAUUAUGACAAGUCUAAAAGUGGGAAGGCCUCUAAAAGGCGCAAAAAAUCGCGUAAAGAUAGAUCCAAGAUUUCCGUAGUAAACGGGCCCAAAGGACGGAACACGAUUGGCGCGGUAACUGUUAAUAAGAUUAAGAGGAAUAACAAAAAGAAGAUUGGAACAGAUGACGUAGCCGAAAUUUUUAAUGAUAACACUACGUUUCGUUUGAAAGUCAUCAAGGAUAUCGAAAAAUUAAUCGAUUUCAAUUCUCUGCAAAAGUAUCGCGACAAAGUUUCGCUAUCGAUUAUGGAAUAUGAUGCAGCACCAUGCAAACCAAGGCAUUCUCCUGCGAAAAAUGGAGUCUCCAAGAAGGCGAUCAACCAUUCUUUGUUAAAAGAAAAAACAUCUCUGAGCCUUGAUCAUGGAUCAGCAUCGCUACCUACUACUUUACAUUCAAAGGAUAAUAAUAUCGCAAGCAAAGUUGAAAAUUUGAGAUUGUUUGAUACCAAGACACCCUCCCUGCCGACGUCAAAUCAUAAAAAAAAAUUAAAUGUUGGCUUGACUUAUCCGCCGACUACUUUUGCGAAUUAUAAACGCGCUAAAAAACGGCGGGACCUAUCUUUGUUAAUUGGCGAGAAAGAGUUAAACACUGCAACAUCCGUUGGCCACAAAAAUACUCAUAAGAACAUCCGCCCUACCAACGACUUGAAUAAAGUUAAAAGUUUUCAUCAAUUAUCAUCUAUGGUAGCCCUGGCGCCAGAAAUUCCCGUUAAAUCUUUAUUGUAUCCGGAUAAAAAUGACAAUAUUCGCGACAUCUUUACCACCGCAAACACCGCAUCUUCUGAUCGAGCACCUCCCCAAUACGGAUGGAAGUGGGAAGGGGGCCCUUAUUAUGGAUACGUUUUAACAAAGAAUUCUUCCAUUCCUCAUGUGAGAUUGUGUUACCCAGCCAUAAAACACGCCAAAGGAGGCGACAUUUUACGAAUUAAGGACGACGUUCUCAUCCGAUCGGAAAUAUCGGAUCGUUCUUUUAAAGGUAAGGCUGACAAACGUCAAGUGACAUGCGUCGGUAAAAUUAUGGCCUUUUGGAAUCACAAUGGUGACAUGAAAAUGACAAUAAUGUGGUACUACCAAAAAGAACACGUGGAAAUAGCGGAGACUUACAACGCGGAUUCCGACGCUUCGUCCGUGAUAAGCGAGAUCGAUACAAGUUUUAUGUACGCUCGGAAUCGCGGUGACCAUAUUGGAAUUAAAUCUUCUAGAAAUAAAUUUUUCGCCAUUACGACCAAUCAAAAAUGCGAACAGAAUUUUCCGUUCAUAAAAAAUGGGUCCCCCAAAGAACUUUUCGCCUCCAAACACAUAGAUACCCUGAGUGUGGGUUGUAUCGAGGAUAAGGGGUUCGUAUUUACCUACGACGCCUAUUGUAGAUUGCAAGCCAAAAUAAAAUUUAAAGCCGAGCCACGUUUGCCAACCUCUCGUAUUAUGAUUACCUGUUCAUCCACUAGGAAAAUCCCAUCAUUUCAAACUCUUUACAAGAAUAAGUCAAACAUUUACUUUUGCCGAAGGAUUUAUGACCCCAUAUAUAAAAGGAUAAUUAAAAAUCCUACAUUCAGAUAUGCUUAAACACGGACAAUAUAUGUUAUGUAGUCAAAUUUUUUUGACUAGCUUAUUUACUUAAGGAGGGUAAACCGAACCUAAUUCGGGACACAGAAUCUUAUAAUUAUAAUCUUUUUUUGUAUAUAUUAAUAUUAUACCCAAUUAUAUUAUAUAUUAAGAAUUAUUAUGUUAGUGAUAUAAUAAAUAAUAAUUUUACCAAACCAAUGGAUAUUGUGAUAAACUAGACUUAGAAAUACUUAUACUAGUCUUAU